ACUCUCUCUGAAGCGCCGAGUCCUGGCUUUUGCAGCGUUGUGAUCUGUGGUCACUGGUGCUAUCGUUCCAGGUUCAGGAAGCUUUUUCCUUGGUGUUGCCGCUCUUGUUGCUGCUGCCGCCGCCGCCGCUGCCGCCGCCGCCGCCGCCGUUGCCGCCGCUGCCGUCGCCGCCGCCUGCUCUGCGGGAUCAUGGUGUGCUUCCGCCUGUCCCUGGUUCCGGGCUUGGGGCUCGUUCUGUUCUGCCUUGUUCUAGGAGCUGUCCAUGUCCACUCUGAUGCAUUGGAACUUAAUUUGACAGAUUCAGGAAAAGCCACUUGCCUUUAUGCAAAAUGGCAGAUGAAUUUCACAGUUCACUAUGAAACUACAAAGAAAAUUCAUAAAAGUGUAACCAUUUCGGACUUUGGCACUGUGACAUAUAAUGGAAGCAUUUGUGGGGAUGAUCAGAAUGGUCCCAAAAUAGCAGUGCAGUUUGGAUCUGGUUUUUCCUGGAUGGUGAAUUUUACUAAGAUGGCAUCUUCUCAUUAUUCAAUUCACACCAUCUCAUUUUCCUACAAUACUAGUGAUAAAACAACAUUUCCUGAUGCUGAAGAUAAAGGAAUUAUUACUGUUCUUGAAGUUCCGGAAAUCCAAAUUCCAUUGAAUGAGAUCUUUAGAUGUAAUAGUUUAUCAACUCUAGAAAGUAAGAAUGUCACCCAGCACUAUUGGGAUGUUCUUGUACAAGCUUUUGUCCAGAAUGGCACAGUGAGUACCAAAGAGUUUUUGUGCAAUAAAGACAAUACUUCGACAACGGUGACGCCUACCAUUCACACCACUAUGCCGUCUCCUACUGCAAAACCUACUCCAAAGGAAAGACCAGAGACUGGAAACUAUUCAGUUAAUAGUACGAAUGGUAUUUGUCUGCUGGCUACCAUGGGGCUGCAGCUGAACAUCACUCAGGAUAAGGUUGCUUCAAUUAUUAACAUUAAGCCCAAUACUACUGACAUCACAGGCAGCUGCCAUCCUCAAACUGCUCUACUUAGGCUAAAUAGCAGCACCAUUAAGUAUCUGGAAUUUGUCUUUGCUGUGAAAAAUGAAAACCGAUUCUAUCUGAAGGAAGUGAAUUUCAGCAUGUAUUUGGUUAAUGGCUCUGUUUUCAGCAUUGCAAAUGACAAUCUCAGCUACUGGGAUGCCCCCCUGGGAAGUUCUUAUAUGUGCAACAAAGAACAGACUGUUUCCGUGUCUGGCGCAUUUCAGAUAAAUACCUUUAAUCUAAGGGUUCAGCCUUUUAAUGUGAUGGAAGGAAAGUAUUCUACAGCUCAAGACUGCAGUGCAGAUGACGACAACUUCCUUGUGCCCAUAGCGGUGGGAGCAGCCUUGGCAGGAAUACUAAUUCUAGUGUUGGUGGUUUAUUUUAUUGGUCUCAAGCGUCAUCAUGCUGGAUAUGAGCAAUUUUAGAAUCUGCAAUCUGACUGAUUAUAUAGAAAUACGUGCAAAUAACAGGAUUUUCUUGCCUCUCGGUUUCUAAAACACUUUGCUUCUUAAAAUUGAUAUGUUGAAACUUUCUUUUAUUAGCCCUAGCCUUUUGAGAUCAGUCUUUAUUAAUAAAAACUGUUCUCUCUGAUCAGUUUAAAAUCAGAAAUGUUGUAAUACUGGUCCAAGAGACAAACCUGUUAAAAAGAACAUCAGUGUGCAGUAUUUUAAGGUCUAGCUUAAGAGGCCUUGGCCAAAUUUUGAUCCUCAGCUGAAAUGUCUUGAACUUAUUAACAUGGCCAUUGUAAGAAUAAAAUAUGUAGUUGUGUCUUGAUGGGAUUAAUAAAUAUUAUUUCACUACUGCUUCUGUUUCAGUGUAUAAGAACUAUUUUGAUUUAAACUUAUUACUGUGCCUUUGCAUGAAGUUCAUUAAAUAAAUGUUGAUAUCUGAUACGUUUCAAACUUGGUUUUCAGUCAAUUGAAAUAGAGAUUGUCCUCAGGACCACCUUCUUUUUUAAGGUUAUAUGACUUUUGCUGAUUUCUUUGAGUUCAAGUUAAGGAUGAAGUCAGUGUCUCAGGCUUGUGAUUUUUCCUUAGGUAUACAAAACAAACCCAAGAGACUGCAAAAGAAUUUAAACUGGCUUCAGAAUUAGUGUUUUUAAGAGAAUUGUUUGUUUUUCAGCAUUACAGACUGAAAAGAAUCAAGCAUAUUCAACCACUUGCCUUUUUUUCCCCUUGUGUUUUGCUCUUCUUUGAAUGCCUGAUUAGCAUUGAAAAAUAGAAAUAUUCCAUGAACUAAUUAGGACAGAUUGUGUUGUGUUUCUCUACCUCAUCUUGUUGAUCUCUGGAGCAUUAAAAUCUAUUUAGUGUUGUCAUCAGACCGGUACUUAUGAAAUGUAAGCUAACAGCAAUCUCAGAAGGGAGGCAGUGAAGCAUAACAACGAGGCUCUUCCUUCUUCAAGACGGCCCCUGUGGGCCAGCACAUAGAUGGGGUGUAGAAAGAAGCUAUUGGCAUUAAAAUGAGCUAGAUAGCCAGGUCUUGUUGAAGCAUAUUCCAUACUGUAAGUACAGCACAAAUAUCAAACAUAUAGAUAAAUAAGGUGGAAGCUUAAUAGAUGAGAAGAAUUUCACUUUGAAGUCUUACUUUAUUAAGUCAUUAUAUAUAUAUAUAUAUAUGUAUUGGCAUGUUCAGAUGGUCUAUAACUCACUGAUUAACAGUACAGUGUAUCUUGUUACCCAGGUCUCAGUCUCUGAGGGCUUUCAGUAAAAUACAAUCAACCCUUUCAACAUCAGCUAAUGUGGUUACGAAAUUCAUGUUAUGUACUCAGAAUUAUAGCAACAUUUUUAUGAAUGACAAAAGUACAAGAGGAGGAAAAGUUAAAAUUGGAGGAAAAAUACAGGUCAUUUUUCAAUCACAAAUCACAUCAAAUAUCACAUUUUGUUAAUUGCAUUAGAUUUAUACUAGAAAGGACCUUAAAGAUUAUUUAUUCUAACCUCAUAAUUUUAUAGGAGGAGGAAUGACUUCACUGAGGUUACACAUGUAGUGUAACUCAGCAAAAUCAUUAUUAGCAUUUUGAUAAAAAAAAAAAAAAAAACUUCCCCAGUGAAAUCUAGUCACUCAAUAGUAAAACAACUUCUGGCUUAAACUUGAAAUUAGGAGAUCAGAAUUGGGCACUUGGAGCUUCUGUACUAUGUUUUCCUUAAGUAUUAUUAUUAUUUUUUUAGAGACAGGGUCCCACUAUGUUGCCCAGGCUAGUCUUGAACUCCUACCCUCAAGUGAUCCUCCUGCCUUGGUCUCCCAAAGUGCUGAGAUUAAGUGUUUUAUUUUAUGGCAGAGUCUAAAUCAGUAUGAUGCUUAAGUAUUCUUUUUUUUUUUUUAACACUUUGUCGCCCUUGGUAGAGUGCCAUGGCAUCACAGCUCAGCAACCUUCAGCUCUUGGGCUUAGGUGAUUCUCUUGCCUCAGCCUCCCUAGUAGCUGGGACUAUAGGUGCCCGCCACAACGCCCGGCUAUUUUUGUUGCAGUUUGGCUGGGGCCGGGUUUGAACCCACCACACUUGGUAUAUGGGGCUGGUGCCCUACUCACUGGCCACAGUGGCUGCCCCAGAUUCUUAAGUAUUCUUAAAGUACUGAAUAUUAGUUUUUUCAGUAAUAAUAUACUGAAACACUCCUAUUUUGAUCACUCCUGCUUUAAAACCUAAACCCACUCAAACAGGAUCACAAACAUGGGAAGAAAAGAGAAAGGAGUGAACAGUUGUUCACCAUCUUAUGUGUAUCAGAUGCUUUAGAAAUAUAAUUGUGUUGAAUCUUCAGAUACUUUAUUUGUGUAAUAUAGUUAUUAUUAUGUCCCUUCUACAGAUGAGGAGAGUGAGGCCCAGUUUAAAUAACUUGACCAAGGUCCUUUAGCUAGUACCUGAAGGAGUCAAAAUUCAAACUCAGUUCUGUCCAGUGGAAUGGACUCCAAUGCAUUCAAUUCUGCUGUUAUUUUUCCAGGACUCCACUCAACUAAAAAUAGUUAUAAACUAAUAGCUACCUGAUGCCUGUGUGAAAAAAACUGUACCAUGGGCGGUGCUGGUGGCUCAAGGAGUAGGGUGCCGGUCCCAUAUGCCAGAGGUGGCGGGUUCAAACCCAGCCCUGGCCAAAAAAAAAACCGUACCACAUUUUCUUGAUCCUGAGUCUUUUUUGACUUAAAUUUUAUUACUUAUAUAGAAUUCUUGUCUAUACUUUAAUGGUAGAUGUGCAAAAGGGGAAACGGAGUGGUGGGGAAAUAGGCAGUAGUUUUAAGGGUAGAUAACAGCUCCUUGAUAACAGCUCCUUUCCCCAUGUCAUUAGACAAUCAAACCUAAAAUCUUCCCAUUCUGUAUUUUGGACCCUUCCUCAUUUCACCCUUAACUUCUGCUUUUUGUAUUGAGAAAUUCAGUGCGAUUUUAGAUGAGGUGGUAAUGAGAGAUGUAGGAUGAUCAGUUUCUUAGGAAUAUUUAGGUAGAUAUUGAGAAAAUAAGAAAAUAGGAGUAAUGCUACAAAAGACUAACCUAUGUACACUUUCAGAAUGCUUGUUUCUUGUUUGCUUAUUUCUACUUAAUUGCAUUCUUUUUGUUUUGUUUUUAUUAAUAUUAAAUCAUAGCUGUGUACAUUAAUGCGAUCAUGGGGCACCAUACAUUGGUUUUAUAAACAGUUUGACACAUUUUCAUCACACUGGUUAACAUAGCCUUCCUGGCAUUUUCUUAGUUAUUGUGUUAAGACAUUUAUAUUCUACAUUUACUAAGUUUCCCAUUCUUUACUAAUUUCCUUUCCUUGCUCUUUGUCUGUUCUUUUCUAGCAGCUGAAGAAUGUUCUGCUGACUCUGACCUCAACUUUCUUAUUCCUGUUGCAGUGGGUGUGGCCUUGGGCUUCCUUAUAAUUGUUGUUUUUAUCUCUUACAUGAUUGGAAGAAGGAAAAGUCGUACCGGUUAUCAGUCUGUGUAAUCUAUUAAAUCUAGUGCUUUUUUUUUGCAAUCAGAAGUUACGUUUCCAUUGGCUAAAAGCCAGGAGAUUCUGUGCAAUAGAUUGUUUGAGAUACACAGACUAACCUCAGUGAGUUUGCUAGCUAACUUGGGCAUGAGUAGCACUUAAUUAAGAAAAAAGAAUGUAUUAGGACCAAUUACAUUUUUCCUAUUUUUCCUUCUUUGUUAAACUGUAAUUAAAGAAAAAUUGUGGCUCAGAAGUUUUUUAAGUAAAUAAUUAUUUUAAGCCUCUGGAUCCAAUUAUGAAUGCAUUUCUACUGAAGUAAAAUUUUAUAUGUUGCAGUUACUCGUAUUUUAGUACUUUGAUGUUAUUUGCAAAAUCAAACCUUUUAGUGAAUUUAACUUGCUUCAGGAAAUAAAUUUAAGAACAUAAUGAAUUCAUUUUCAUUGGUAGCAAACAUAAAAUUAGGUUCAUCAUAAGACUUCCUUUACCCACCUACUGAUCAGCAUUAUUUAAAUUUGUCUUUUUCUGUUAAUUCAAAAAAAGAAAGAAAUGGCUUUAUGAUGUUGUAUUUAAUAGCAAAAGUCUGACUAUUUUCUCCAAUAUUAUUAGUGACUACUGUAUUUUUAAAAGGAUGUCUUUUUUUUUGGCUUUCUAGAGUCUGGAAUAUAUUGAUUAUCUUAGACCUGACAUUUAUGCUGAAUGACGAAGUAUCAGUUUUUAUGUAAAGUGUUGUUGAUUUAGAAAGGGUCAUUUUUUUUAAAGGUUAUGAUUUAGAACGUUUUUUAUUUUUCUCUCAGAGCCUUAACUUGUUAAGAAAGUUAAUUCAUCCUGCACUAAAAAGAAAAAAAUCUGAGGCCUGGCACGGUGGCUCACGCCUAUAAUCCUAGCUCUGUGGGAGGCCGAGGAGAGUGGAUUGCUUGAGCUCAGGAGUUCUAGACCAGUCUGAGCAAGAGUGAGACCCCAUCUCUACUAAAAAAUAGUAAAAUGAAUCGGGCGUUGUGGCAGGCACCUGUAGUCCCAGCUACUCAGGAGGCUGAGGCAAGAGGAUCACUGGAGCCCAAGAGUUUGAAGUUGCUGUAAGCUGUGAUGGCACAACACUCUAACCAAGGCAACAAAGUGAGACUCUCCCUCACAAAAAAAAUAGAAAAAUAUUUAUAUACUUUUUGUGCCUCCUGCACUUUCUCAUUCCCUGAAUUAAGUUCUAAUUGAUAUUUUUAAUGUAUUGAUUUCUUUUUUUUCCCACAGCAGCAAGUCCUAACUCUAAAGGCUUGUGGGCCCUGAGGUGCCAUCAGUCAGAUGGCUGCCUAGCUGAACCGAGAUUAUUCUGUAAAUUUGUUGAUCUUGAUAUAGACUUACAUUUCUUUAGGGACUGUCUGAUAGCUCUGGCUUCUGGAGUAAAGUACUAGAGACCACUCAUCCCUGUGUCUGCUUGAUUGGUUUAGCUGUUGAAUUGCCCUUUUAUUUGGAAACACACUGUUGUGGUUGUCUAGGGCCUAAAUGGCUGCUUUGCACACAUAUCAUUAACAUGAGGCAGAUGUUUACUUUAUCAAGCUAUUUUAUCUACAUGUAACAAAAAACAAAAGUUCCCAAAGAUCUGUCUUCACAUCAUAAAUUUUCCGUGGAUUAAAAAAUUAAGCUCAAACCUUAAAUAAGUUAGUUUGUUAUUAAAUCCAAGGAUUAAGUCCCAAUCUACCUCUUCACACAAUGCAGAUGCUCACCACUGUAUCGCUGCCAUGAACCAAUGACAGAACUCUUUGCUAAUAACUGGAAUUACAAAAUUUUGUUAAAAAGAAAGAAAAUUCAACAUCUUUCUUUACUCUCUUAAUCUAUAUGUCCGUACCAAAAAUGUAUAUUCUAAACUAGAGUAGAAUGCGAGGUUACUCAAUUGCACCUCCUUUAGAUUUCUAUAACUCUGACUUGCAGAUUCAGGUCAGAUUCUCCUCCAUCUGCUAAGUAUGUUAAAGAAUGUUUUCUUUUAAAACGUUCUCCUUUGAGAAAAACUGCUUACUUGUUAUUUGAUAAAAAGGCAUUUGGUGCAAAUGAUGGUAACAUAAAGAUUAGUGGCUUCAUUUCAAUAUAUAUUUUUGAGAUGGUUGUCUAAGAGCUAGAUUACUUAAGUCAGUGUGUGACCUUCCUAGGUAAAUGAAUUGGAAAUACAGAUACAUUCAAAAUUAUAGGUUCCUUUUAAAGUUUUCUACCUUUUGGCGAGGAGAUUAAUAUCACUGAUUUUUCAUUAGCUAUCGUAACUCUAUCUUAGAUAAGUAGCAAACGUGUUUAAUUCUUUGAGAAUUAAAAUACAAAAUAUUAACAGAGGGUUAAAAGCUGCUUCAACUCCAGUAAAAUAUAGGAAGCUGACAAUGUAGAAACUGAGUGUUCAAUUAGCUUUGCUUACUGAGUUCAUUUUUAUGUCAAUAUAAGAGUGGCUCUGACAGUAGGACUUUGAACUCAUGAAUAUAAAGAAUUGUUUUUCACCUAAUCUACUUUGAAAGAACUGAUGCUUGCUGCUACCUAAAGUUUUGGAUAUAUCCAUGUAGAGACCUAAUUAAUACCUGCAAAAUAAAGCAUACUGUGGUACUGCUGUUUGAUCUGAUAUGUGUGAUUUUAGAUUGAUGGAUUAAAAAUAAUAAAGAUCAUACAUUCUAUGCC